UUGAAAUUUUUAAGUAGACGAAAUGUCAAAAUGGGAGUGAAAACUGAAGAAAACAAUGUAAAAUUAUUAUAAAACUCCCUUCAAUAAUGUAAUAAAUCUACGUUAUGACUUUAUAAUAUUAUUGCCGACAUGUUUACCAAAAAAUCUCACCAAGAUGUUAAAAAGUCAACAGUUAAAAUACAAGAUUCCAAGAAGGAUUCUGCGACUCGUCUAAAGCAUUUAAAAAUUGUUCUAGAACAUUUUGAUGCUGAAGAGGCAAAGACGUACUUCGAAAAUAACUUUAGUCAUGUGUACUUUAUUUUGUAUGACAACUUUAUACAAGCAGAAAAUAACCUGCGGCAAAGAGAACUUCCGUUUCAUCUUGUUCACAAAGCUGGCAGAGAAGAAUUAGAAGGAGCUUUAUCAUUAUUGGAAAAGGUAUUAUGUCUCUUACCAGAGCUUAUUGGAAAAAGAUGGCAGCUGCACUCUCUUACGAGAAUAUUUUCAAAACUCCUCCAUAGAUGGAAUUCACUAAAAUUAAGAGCUGAAGCUAUCAGAUAUUUUCUUCUAUGGUAUCAAGCUUUGGGAGAUAAUGCACCACUCGAAGUACACAGGAUGUUUGCGACACUGGUGCCCGGAUUGCCAGAGCCUAAUAUGUUGCGCAGCACUUCACCACUCAAAUGUAAAACAUUUGACGAUAACUCUAACGCGUGCAAUGAGUCUGGCGAUUUCAGCAUGGAAGAUAUAUUGCACCAUCCAAACUUCUCGACCACAGAUAACGCCAAAAAAGUAGUAGUGGAGCAAACAUCCUCAGGCAUAAUGGGCAAAAUUGUGAAUGUAUCAGCUUCUAUAUUUCAUGACACAAAUGCUUUGAAUCCUGUGCAAACUGUUGAAAUUCAACCACUAUUGCCAGCAAGUGCCAAUGAGAAAGCAGUUGAAAAUGAAACCAAAUAUUUCUUUGAUACUUUGCUUGAAGCCAUGGCUUCGUCCGUCACUAAGAUACAUUGGAGAGAUCGAUCACAUGCCAAAGCUAUGAGAUGUUUUGCAUUUUUAUUAGAAAGAUUCAAAAUGUAUUAUUUACCAGUUAUUUGUCCUCAAUUCAAUCACAAGAACUCAUUAUAUAAACCAAACCUUGAACUACCUGUACAGCAUACUAUACUAGAAGAUGAUAAUGUAUUAUGUCGAGUAAUAUUAAUCAAAUGGGUAGCUAACUAUGCUCAUUUCAUGAAGAAACAAGGUAGUGAUGUUGGGCAACCCUCGUCAAUGACUAGUAUCGGUUCCCACCUUCCUCAUUCUAAUACGCUCACACCAGCUACCUCUAUGUAUCAUGAGGAAGAGACCUCAUUCACUGUUGGACAACCAGUAGACUCUUGUAGAGCAUCACCUCACGAAACCGCAUUUAAUACUCCACACCCUAGUUUGGAAUCAGGAAGCAGUAUUGUGGAGGAAUUAAGCUCCGAGCAAGUCGUCCGCGAUGUACUGUGCUGCUGGUCGCGCGAACAUGUUGAUUUCACUAUAGAAGUGUUACGGCAAGCAUUCUUGCUGCCAUUUUCACACGCCGCCGCAACUAGGCGGGUCAUCGCGCUGUAUAAAGAUUGGAUACAGAUGAACGUAGCCGAGAUUCCACCAUUUCUUGUGGAGAACACGUACGAGCAACAGAUGGCUGGCAGUGGGGAGCCGUUGGCACCACCACGGCGGUUGAGGAACGAUUCCUACCUCGGUGCUGUUGGUCGCGACAACGUCAUGGUGCGCGCCGGCAUGCAGAACGUUCUGCAAGUGUUCAUGACGCAAGCGGCGAAUGUGUUCCUGGCAGGCGGGUCACCAGUGGCGGCGGCGGGCGGCGGCGCGCUGACGCAGCAACAGCUGCUCGACGAACAGACUGAUACGUGCAAGCGCGUCCUCAACAUAUACAGAUACUUGGUUAUGCACGUUGCUAUGGACGCCAACUCGUGGGAACAAUUAUUAUUGGUUUUGCUUCAAAUCACAUCACUUGUAUUAACCAAAGUACCACCGAAAAGAAAACAGGAAUCACUAGGUGGUUUCCUGGCACCAGCUUUAUUUCAAACCCUAAUAGUGACAUGGAUAAAAGCUAAUUUGAAUGUGGCAGUCAAGCCAGAACUUUGGCAGAAUUUUAUGGAGCUACUUACUCGACUCACUCACUGGGAGGAACUUAUAACAGAAUGGGCGAAAACGAUGGAGACAUUGACCCGCGUGCUGGCCCGGCACGUGUACUCGCUGGACCUGUCGGAGGCCGCAAGCGGCGGCGGCGCCGGCGGCGACUCGCGGCGCGGCGGCCGGCGCGGCACCCCCGCGCCCGCCGCCGCUCCCCUGCCGCGCCCCGCGCCGCUGCCGCCGCCCGCCGCACACCACACCGCCACGCCCGGCAAAUCGCCGAAAGUGUAUCACGAGACGCACCCGCGAAAAGAGGCGGCGGCCGUACGCAGACAGCUGGCGCGCUGCCGCAGCGAGCCGCACCUGGCUGCGCGCGCGCACACACCCGUGCACGGACACGCACACGCACACGCACACGCACCAUCACCCUCGCACUCACACCAUACCGAAGAUACCAAAGAACUUAUUAGCACCAAAUCGAGGAGAUGGUAUUCUCUGGAUUCCUUAAGAAACUCGGGGCAUCAUGAAGAGCGGGACUCAGCCAGUGGUUCUCGUUCACCUUCACCCGCUCCAUCUAGUGGAGUAGAGAGCACUUCGAUCAAAGAUUCACCAUUGCAGAUCGAUUUAGCAUCAGAUGGAGGUAAUGUAGAAUGGCCAGAGACGGAUAGUGGCGGCGUGGGUAGUAUAGCGGGCGUGGGCGGCGCGGGGCCGGGAGCGGAGGGCGAGGCGGGGGCGGGCGUAGGCGUGGUGCUGGGCGGCAGCGCUCGCGGCUGGCUGCCCGACGUGGCGGCGGUGAUGUGGCGCCGCAUGCUGGCCGCGCUCGGUGACCCUAACGCGCUGCGGGAUCCGCAGGCACACGCGCAGUUCUUCAAGUACCUCAUACAUCUCAACUCCACGCUGCUUAAGAUAAGCGCGAAUCAAACUCUAAAUGGAAACACGGAGAUCCACGUGCCGUUCAAUCUGGUGGCGGGAUGGUGUCUCGAAGCGGAGUCUUUGCCUUCGUCGCACAGGUCGGGGAAGUUACUUGCACUACGGUUGCUCUGCGAAUCGACGCAGGCGCAGGGCCCUGGUGCGCCUUCUUCCUGCAACAACCGGCUGCAUCUCGCGCAUCUCAACCUCUAUCAGCGAGCUUUACAUCAUGGUCUGACCGGCGAGGACCGGUCGGUGGUGGACGUGCUGGUGGAGCACGCGGCGCCGCGGUACCUGUCGCUGGCGCUGGACGGCUAUUCCCUCCUGCUGCUCGACUUCGUGCAUGCCUCCACCAUCGUUCUCAACUGCACCGACAUGGGGCCUACUUGUCCACGUACCGCAGCUGUGACGUUCCUCGGCUCGUUGCUCUCACUGCCUGAUGAAUUAAUGAACGCGCCGAUGUUACAACCCUAUCCACACCAAUACAACACAGUCUCGUGUCCUGAUCUUAAGGAGCACGUGCUGAACAUCGUGGUGCGCGUGUGCCGGCGCGAGGGCGCGGCGGCGGCGCGGUGCGCGGGCGCGGCGGCGCUGGCGGCGCACCUGGCGCAGCUGCUGGCCGCCGGCCGCCGCGCGCCGCGCCUGCCCGCCUACCUCGCCUGCCUGCUGCAGAUGCUCAUGAUGAAAAAUAAAAGUAUUGCUAAAGUUGUAAGCGACUGUAUUUUGAUGCUUGCUGAUUACACCGAUCGCAUCGUCGAAUUAUACCCAGGAGUUGCUGGUAAAAUAAUCAGAGGGAUAUGCGCAUGCCUGGCGCAGAUAUCUAGCAGCAGCACGCGCGACUCGGUGAAGCCGCUCGCUGGCUCGCUGCUGCUGUGCCUCGCUGAGUUCGCGGUGCGCUGCGGCCCCACCUACCUUAUGCAGGAGAAGGAUGGAGACCAAACUCUACUCCUACUUAUAUUCAAGGUGCUACACGCGGUGAUGAAAGGGUCAAAUGGAUCGGAAAUAGAAGGCCUAUCACUACCCGUUGACGAGGACUUUGACCCAAAUAUUCAAUUGGACAAUUUAGGGCCUAAAACAUCUCCUGCUUCCACGAUUGACGUCAAGUUAUGGGCGCAAACGAUAUGCACGCAGCUGGUACUAUUCCUGGGGCACUGGCCGCUGUGGAGCGGGUGCCAGGUGUCGGCCAGCGUGUGCGAGCAGCACGACAGCCCGGCGCUGGGCGGCGAGCUGGGCCCGGCGGUGCUGAGCGCGCCGCACGUGCAGCUGCUGCGGCUCAGCGAAUCCACGCUCGCAUCCUUUGUCGAGCUGCCCGCGCUCGACAUGCCCGCCGGCGCCGCCGCCACCACGCCCGGUUUAGCGACAUCCGAUCGCCAGGUGCGAGUGUUGCUGCGCGACAUUGCCGGCAAGGCGUGUUGGGACGCGUCCGCGCUCUACUACGACCCGUCCAGCUCGGCCGAGGAACCACUCGAACCACUGCCGCUGCCCGACUGUAUCGACAGUCCUAGAGAUAACACACUGUCAUCGUUACCACCGCCCCUACCUCCUGACUUGUUGCCGGAUUAUAAAAAUUCGCCGCCUGAUAAACAUCAGUUAGAUCACGUACUAGCGUACAUCGGGCAUACGUCGCCGGAGGUGUCGUGCGGACGGCGGCUGGACGCGUGCGGCCCGUCGCCGCUGCCGCCCGGCGCCGAGCACGAGCUCGUGGCCGCGCUCGUCGCGCACCGCAACGCUGAGCGCCACUACCUCGCCGGCAGGGACAGCUGGGAAGAGACGGAGGCGAGCGAGGUGUGCGAGAGCGAGGCGCCGCACCCGUUCGCGCAGAGCCGGCGGCUCGUGGCGCAGCUGGGCACGCUGGCGCCCGCGCGCCGCGCGCACGCGCAGCUGCUGCGCCGCUCCGACCGCCUGCUGCGCGAGCUGCGCAACCUCGACGCGCAGAGAUGCCGGGAAACCCACAAAAUCGCCGUUAUAUACGUAGGAAAAGGGCAAGAGACGCGUAAUGAAAUACUAUCCAACCGUUGCGGUAGUCCCGCUUAUGAAGCUUUCCUGGCCGCUUUAGCUUGGGAGGUGGAGCUGGAGAGCCACGUGGGGUUCGCGGGCGGGCUGCGCGGCGGCGGCGGCGGCGGCGUGAGCGCGCCCUACGUGGCCACGCUCACCAUGGAGGCACUGUUCCACGUCGCCACGCGCAUGCCCGCAGACACACCCGACGCUAUACUCAACAAGACCCGCCACCUGGGCAAUGACGAGGUACACGUGGUGUGGAGUGAGCACUGGCGGCCGUAUAAGCGCGAUACGCUGCCUACGCAGUUCUGCGACGUGCUAAUUGUGCUGUACCCGCUGCCCGGUGGUCUUCUCCGCUGCACUGUCUCUAGGAAACCAGAUGUGGGCGUGUUCGGGCCGCUGUGGGAGGAGAUGGUGGUGCGCGUGGAGUGCGGCGCGGCGCUGGCGCGGUGCGCGGCGGCGGCGGGCGGCCGCGCCGUGCGCGCCACCAUGCCGCUGUACCAGCACGCCUACAGCGAGCGCGCGCGCAGCCUGCACGCGCUCGUGCACAACCACACGCAGCCCGCCACCUUCGAGCACUUCGUGCAGCGCGUGCGCGAGCCAGUGCCGCCCGUGCCGCCCUCACACACCGAGCAAGCCAGCAGCCGGCUAGCGGCGGCGCUGCUGGAUCACGGCGCUAACGCAUGGGGUGCGAGUACGGACGGGCACUCGGUGUCGCCGCGGCCGACGAAGCGACUCGGGCCGUUUAAGCGAUCGCCGGCGCCGCUCUCCGCGCCCGCCACAGCGCCGCCGCAUCUGUCGCACUCAAACCCGCUACUGCCGCUACAUACCGCCCCUACCGCGCCCGCAACGUCUGCCGCUACCGCUAUCGCGCCCGCGCCCGCUCCCGCUCCUCGCCGCAACCGGUGAACCACUCUUUACUCUCCUUAUAUGUAACAAGUUAACUAUCGGUUUAAAUGGCACCUACAGAUGUUCUGGAGAUUGUUGAUUUAUUGCGGUCGAUUCUGAGGCGCCAUUUCUCUAAACUUAUCUCUAAAAUUAAAAUUUCAGUUUGAUAUAACAAAAUCUUUAGUCUUAGGACGAAGUAAACUAAAUUUCUAAUAGAUUUAAGUCAAAAUUAUUAUAAAUUUAGAAUGUGAUGGCUCAUAAAACAGUAAUUUUGUGAAAUAGUCAAAUUAAAAAAUUACGUUAAGAGAAAUGAUUAGAAAAAUGACGUCACAGAAUAAGCUCUAUAUUCAAUGGUUAUGAAAUAAGUGAUGAUACUUAUCAUACUUAACAUAAAAUGCGCUUUUAUUCCUCAAUAUUGGCUUUACAGUCCAAAUAUAGAAUAAAUCUCUCUAAGACCUGAUUAAGAUCUCUCAAUUUUUCUUUCUUUUUACAAUAGUAUGAACUCUGAUCAACAUGGAUCAGUUGUGAACAAGGAGGCCUAAGUAAGAUAGUUAAUUUUAUAUAACAUUUCUUCUCAAUAAUAAACUGUAGUGUGAUUUUAUAAAAAAAAUACAUACAUUUUUUAAAUAAACACACUAUCAGUGAACAAUUUGUGAUAAAUAAAUUUAAUACAGACCAUGUAAAAGGCUACAUUUAUUAAUCACCAGUCAACAUUAUGGAGCCUAUGUAAUGGUUGCCAAUACUAAAAUUCAAAAGAGAGCAAAAUAGUAAGUUGCUUUUAAAAUGUCACACAUGAAAACAAUUUUUUUUUUUUUGUAAAAAAAAGUAUAUUUGAAUCACACAAAACAUUACAGUAUGAUUUUAUGUUUUAAUGAUAUUUUAUAUAUACAAAACUGUACUUUUUUUUUUUUUAAUAUACAUAAAGUAUUAUUUUUCAGAUUUUUAAUUUUGUCCAAAUAAGUAGGUAAUAAAUUUGUCCCAAUAUUUUUACAUAAACAUAGGUAAAGUAUGUUUAUGUUGAGUAUGUUUAUUUUAGUAUUAAAAUGGUAUAUGAAGUCAAAAUAUAAUAAUUAUAGUGUCAAGUAAUUAUACAUACAUUUUACAGCAAUGAACAGCAACUUAGUAAGCCAAAAAAUAUGAAGUAAAAUUUUUAAAUAUGUUUGAAAACUAGUAUUUAGUAUUAACAAAUUAAUUCCCAUAAAUACUUUGUUCUGUAAGGUGAUGAUUUGCCAUCAACGCAUGGCUUUACAAGUUUUAUUUUGUAGACCUAAAACAUAUAUUGAUGAACUGUCCUACGGUCAUGGAAACAAGGUCAGAACAUUAAUGUGUCACUUGGCGGUUAUAUGCAUAUUGUUUAUGCGAACUGUAUAAUCAGUGGAAAUAUUUUUUAAUUUAUUAGUAGUUUUACAAUAUUUUUUUUUAAUUAGAAAGCUACUUCUUUAUACAAUGUUCUAAUUCUAAGAUGUGUACUUGUAUCAUCAUCAGAGUACUUUUUUUAUGGAAAACUACUGUCACUUUAUAUAAUUACAAGCCUCUCCCUAUAUGAGAAUGAUAUAGCCUAAUAUAACCGCCCUAAUCACGUAGCAUUGUAUAGGGUUUUGUUUUGAGUUUUUCUUCACACCUCACUGAUAUAUUGUGCUUUAUUCCCCUAUUGUCUACUAGAAAAGGAAAAAGAAGUAAUAAUGUACUUUAUUCUUUCUGUAUCAUUCAUGAAAAUGGUAUUAAUUUACUUAAUAAAUAAGUUUUUGUUGGAUGUGUUUAUGUAUGUAUACUUACAAUUAUUUAUUACAUUCGUCCAAUGAGAGAUUCUUAGUACUAGGUAGGACAGUAAACUUAAUAAUUACAUGUACUUAAUUAUUUUUAAGACUUUUACUUUAGUCUUGCAUUUAAAAUGUUGUGUUAAAGUUUGCUAAAUGCCUAACGUUUAAAUAAACAUUCAUGCGUAUUAUUUAAAGUAUUGGUUUGUUGCUAUAUUAUUAGUUAUACGAAUAAUUUGAUUUUAUUUUAAUAUUGAAUAAACAUUUAACAUUUCAUCUAUGUUUCUUGUAAAUAUGUAAACUAGUUGUAGAGCUUUAACUGUCGUAGUUGAAUUUAUACUGUAAGCGUAUUAAAUAAAAAAAAAUCUUAUUUGCACAUAGAUAAAAACGCCAUUAUUUUCGCUGUUUUCAAAUAUUUUAUUUCCUCGUUAGUGAAACAUUGUUUUUAACGUAACUUGCCUACACAAUCGUUGUAUGCAACUUAACGAAUCUAUGUAAACCCAAAGUUGCAUUAUUGCAUGUUGUUGGUUUUGCAUAUUAUCAUAUUUGUCAGUAAAUCCGAACAAAUGGUGCUUAUAAAACGAAAUUCUAUAAAUCUACAUUCCAUGAUAAUGUUACUAUGUACUGUUUAGGUAAUGAAAUUUGAAAUGCUGCUUAUAAAUACA